AUGAGUGCCAACACUGGAGACGCACACACCCAAGCUGGUGAUGGGUCCCACAUAUUCCCGCAGGAGAACGAUUACCAUGCGCUAUUCGAGGAUGUAAUCCCAGAGGAUAAGGAAAGGUUCCUCGCUACACUGAACCAGGAGGUUGAUAUCAAUGCGAAGCAACCUCCUUAUGGGGAAACGGUACUCCACUUAGCUGCCCGCAAAGCCUAUGCAUCAAUUAUGACGGUCUUGUUGAGCCGGGGCGCAAAUCUUGAAGUCCCCGAUGAUGACGGAUGGACGCCGCUCAUCUCGGCUUGCCGUGGCGGAUCACAGCAAGCGGUAGAGCUUCUCCUUCUCGAGCAUAGCAAACGUUUGGCCGAGGAUACCAAAGACGUCUCUCAGGAUGCUGCGCCCCAAGAUGAUUCAAACAUAAACGAAACCGCCGCAGCCCUAAUCCCGACGUUGACCAGCUCUUACAUCAACACUACAAGUGAAGAUGGCUCGACAGCCUUGACCACGGCAUGCUUGUGUUCGACAACAGAAGUUGUUGACUUACUAUUAAAAAAAGGAGCCGACGUGAAUACCCAGGACGACAGCGGGGACACACCUCUCACAUUGGCCGCUCGUUAUGGCGACACAAAGAUGGUGGAUAAUGUCCUAAGCUAUAAUCCUGACAUUCGCAAGUUCCGCAAUGAUGGUCAGUCAGCAUUGCAUCAGGCCAUACAAAAUGACAACGAGGAGGACGGAGAAAGCAUCGUAGAUCGAUUGCUCGAAGCGGGCCUCUCAUCUACCCACAAAGACAAUGAGGGAUCGACGCCUCUGCACAUAGCUAGUGACUACAACUACUUGAACAUAGUCAACAAGCUACUCAGCCAGAACGAGCUGAUCGUGAACGCUCAGAAUAACGAAAAAGAAACGCCUCUCCACCUAGUCUGCAAAAAAGGACAUCUUGAUGUGGUUCAGCGAUUGAUCGGCUGUCCCGGGAUCGAACUCAAUUUUCAGAGCGCUUCGAGCGCAACUCCCCUCUUUCUGGCCGUCGAAAACGAGCAUUUAGAAGUAGUAACAAAGCUGCUUGGCGAAACUGGCAUUGACAUCAACGCUCCAGACCACUGGGAAUCCACGCCUCUCCACGUGGCCUGCCGGGAAGGAUAUUUGGAAUUAGCCAAGAAGUUGAUCAAUGCGAAGGAAAUCGAGCUCAAUGCAAAAGAUUUCUUCACUAGGACUCCUAUCUUUUGGGCCUUUGCUAGACAGAAUUUGAAGGUAGUCCAGACACUGCUCAAUCAGACUGGGCUUGAUCUUGGUGCCACAGACUACGCAGAACGGACAGCUCUCCAUGAAGCUAGCGAGAUUGGCAGUCUCGAGAUUGUCGAGAUGAUAACCAACAGGACCAAGGAGCACAUCAAUGCCCAGGAUGAUUCGGGGCUGACAGCGUUGCACCUCGCCUGCAGGAAUGGCCACAUCGGUGUCGCAAGACAUCUAUUCUCGGAAGGGGCAAAGAGUAGGGUGAGCAGAGAUAGUACUCAAAGCGCAUGGUUCUUCUUCCUUCAAUACCUGUUCGAAUCUUACGAGGACUCUGAGUCGCGGGAGGGCUCAAUCUCUUCGGAGGACUCAUCUAUGCCUGAUCCCAGAGAAUUCGAGUUCAUUUUGGAACACGCCGACAAAGAGGAGAGAGCAUCUGCAACGAUUUGGGCAGACAACAAUGGCAAACGCAAAGAGCUUGCCGGCGCUAUGGGGGUGCCCGUGUCAAAGCUAGUGGAUUAUGAACUCAUUGGAUUGGCCAAGUCUUUGGAUUCUUCUAAAAUCGUGUACUUGCUGGAAGAGCAACCAGUUUCCGAACCCCAGCCCAAGUCAGCCCUCCAGUGGGCUGCAUAUCAUGGACGCUAUGAUGUUGUCUGGUGGAUUCUGAAAAGUAGCAUACCAGAGGAAAAGGACAUGGGAAAAGCCUUGGAAAUAGCCAAAAGCAGACGAGACCAGCCUAAACAGACCACUGAGGUGGAUAUGGAAGGAAGCCGAGAUAAGAAUGAGGAAGAGAAAGAUUUCAAGCUCACGAUGGACAUGCUAACAGACCCUCCUGUGGUUGAGAGCGCUCACUUGGAGUCAUACAGGAAACCUAUCACGUCUGAUGCACAACCGGGUGUGCUCGAGGCACACUGGGCAACGAUUGUGGAUUUCUAUGAGCGAGAUGGACAAAUUGACCUACUUCGACGAUCAGAAAGCGUCUCAAAUGUCAUAUAUUCCAAAGCAGGACCGGAUAACGAAGACAGGGGCCCUGAGGGAAUCAUGAAUAAGGCCAGGUCUGAUUUGGAGAAGAUCAGCGCUGAAGCGGCACGAGAGAAGAGGCACGAGAAGACAGAUCUUCGGAUGAGAUGGAUACAUUUGCCCGCAAAUAACAUGGAAUGGAUGGAGGACCUGGCUAAACGCAUCUUUACUGACAAAAAGGUUCCGGCGUCGGAAUGGCAUUCUUUGAACGACUUUUUGCAGAGGAGCUGGCAUGAAUUACCAACCGAUACCGCUCCAGCGAGGUUCAUGAAACCUGGGUGCUUGAAAGAGCCCACUCAAAGCCUACCGCGUAUCAUCGAGGAAGAUCAACGGCUCGGAAUUGAACGGCGGCCUGAUAUAGAUAAAAGGCCGAAAGCAAGCAAUCCAGAAGGGAUCAAGGAGCCUCAAGGUCAACAAUCUUCCGAGCUACAGAAGCAAACUAAGGAGUUUCGAGGUCAACAACCUUCUGAGUCGAAGAAAAAACCCAAGGAUGGUCGCAAGGAAGAUUAUGCAACAGGAGGGAAAGCUGCUGGUAGUAGUGAUCCAGUUCAUGGUGGUGCAGUUGCACAGAAAACAGAAUAUGAAAGAGUGGCGCUCUAUAUGCCGUACAUUACUUUCGGUCUGUGUCACCGGAAACCUUGCACCUCUUCCAUAGGCAAGGAAGGUGAAGCUCCGAGAAAAGGCAUUGAAAACGCCGAGAAUGAUGCCACAGUCAUGGUGACACACAGCAAAGACAUGGAUCAGAACAAGAAAAACCUGGCAAAAUACGAUCAACUGAUUGAGACCUACAAGGAAAAGACCAUCCAUGGAACGAGGUCUUUAGACCAGUUCUUUUAUAACUCGCUACCUGAUAUGGAUGUCCGCGACCAGAAUCAAGUUUUCACAAGAUCGUUCUUCAAGGUGCGGAACGGAGAUGGUGUACCGCAGGAUCAACAAAUAUGGCCUUACCUUGCAGUGGAUCAGCUCUGGCUCUGGGUAAUUGAUGAAGAGACGAUCAUUACUUCAUCCACACAUCGAAAUGAUGGUUUCCAUGACCCAGUGGUCGAAAGACUGUUCAUUCAAUUGCGACAGGCAAGAAAAAGAAAGAAUGCACAACCGCCGCCGUCGUCAGUCAAAGAUAUGAGUCAUUUCAUAGUUGCUUUUUGCGUCGACUUCCUGCAUAGUCUGAAAUGGGAAGACUUUUCUCCGAUGGAGCAACCUGGAAACAAUCCUCCGGACAAAGUCAGAAGUUCAGACCACCCCUUGGGCAAAAACAAAGUGUCAUCAAUGUCGGUUCAAUUCUUGUAUGAAGACAGGGUGAAUCUUGCGGCUACUACGGAGAAGGAUUUGCUCCAUAGAUUCACGGUGAAGAUGAACAACUUUCAGAGGAGCAAGACCGUGGAACAAUCUCAUCAUGAGGAGAGAACGAAAAUCGUCAACCACCACACAGAGUUGGAAAAUGCAACAGAGGCCUCAGAAGUGGAUGAUAUAUAUGAAACCAACAAAUGGGCGUUGAUAAGCCUUGCAGCCGGCCUGUUGGAUGAAGUCAAGGAUAUCUUGGACGAGCUCACAAUACUGAAAACGCUUGUUACCCGGCAAUUCAAUGUUUGGCAAGAACUUGUGGGAGAAGGUUCUAGAUCGAGAAGUGCUCGAGAUCCUGCCUACACCCUCCAUGGUGUUCAGGAGAUGAUCGAGAUGACGGACAGAGUCCAGAAAUCGGUCAGCGACAUACUUAGUCUCGAGCAAAACAGGAUCAACACCGAUCAGGCGCAAGAGUCUGCUCGGCAAGGAACGAUUUUAAUGGCCUUCACCAUCGUCACUGUUGUCUUUACGCCUUUAUCUUUCCUGACUUCACUCUUCGCAUUAAACGUCACGGUGUUCCAGCAUAAUAGCUCAGGUGACAUUGAAUACGAGCCAGGGUGGAUCUUUCCCAUAUUGUUUUUCUGCUCCACCGCUAUCAUUGGUCUCCUCAUGAUGUAUGCUUUCCAAGGACAGAAGCUAUCCCCAUUCCUACAUGCAAGAAUGCAAAUGUUCCGGGAGACCUGGAGGCAGACUAUAGGCGAGAAGCGGCGGAAAAAGGCUUCAAGCCAGGGCGAGCACAAUGUUUAG